AUGGUCUCUGUUCUCUACAUUCCUGCUUCCUCCGUGUGUCUUCAGCUGGUCCUCAGUGCCAUGGGCACUCCUUUAUGUUUAGAUAAUUUCUAUGAGGACAGGGACUUCCAGGGCCGCUCUUAUGAGACCAGCCAGGACUGCCCUGACAUGUCCUCUGACAUGUCUCGCUGCCAGUCCUGCAGGGUGGAGAGCGGCUGCUUCAUGGCGUACGAGCGCCCCAACUUCAUGGGAAACCAGUUCUUCCUGAGGAGGGAAGAGUACUCAGACUACAUGCAUAUGGGAAUGAGUGACUCGGUCCUCUCCUGCCGUAUGAUCCCUCAGCACAGAGGAUCCUUCAGGAUGAGAGUCUACGAGAAGGAGAACUUCAGAGGUCAGAUGCACGAGAUGAUGGAGGAUUGUGAGUCCUUCCAGGACCAUUACCGCAUGGCCAACUGCGAGUCUACCCAGGUCAUGGAGGGACACUGGCUGAUGUACGAGCAGCCCCACUUCAGAGGCAGGAUGAUUUACGUGAGGCCCGGAGAGUACAGAAACCUCAGGUAGAUGGGAGAUGCAUCAUAGAAUCCUGUUAGGGUAGCCUAGUGGUUAGAGCGUUGGACUAGUAACUGGAAGGUUGCAAGUUCAAACCCCCGAGCUGAC